CCGCCGUCAGCCUAGGUUGAGGCUCCCUGCGUGUGUCUAUAACUUUGUGCUGCUGCCGCGGCCACCCUGCUCGUGGAAGGGAGGAGGAGGAAUGUGGAAGGCGGCGGCGCGCAAGCUGACAGGCGGUUCCUCGGGCGGGCUGCGGCGGCGGCCCGAGCGCUUCUCCUUCGCCGAGGUUGCGCGCCCUCUCCUCGCCGUGCCCCGGGCCCGCGCGGGAUUGUGCGUCGUCCCGCCUCGUCCCUGAAGGGAAGGAACCGAGGCGGCGGCGGCGGCGCCCGGGAGCCCGAGCCUUCGCGGCGCCCACGGCCCUCCCCCGCCGCACCCCGCCCCGGCGCUAGAGGAGAGCGCGCGAGCCCGAGCCGCGGGAGGGCGGAGAAGAUGGCAGAGGCGCCGGCCUCCCCGGCUCCUCUCUCUCCUCUCGAAGUGGAGCUGGACCCGGAGUUCGAGCCCCAGAGCCGGCCGCGCUCCUGUACGUGGCCCCUGCAGAGGCCGGAACUCCAGGCGAGCCCGGCCAAGCCCUCGGGGGAGACGGCCGCGGACUCCAUGAUCCCCGAGGAGGAGGACGAUGAAGACGACGAGGACGGCGGGGGCCGGGCCGGCUCGGCCAUGGCGAUAGGCGGCGGCGGGAGCGGCACGCUGGGCUCCGGGCUACUCCUUGAGGACUCGGCCCGGCUGCUGGCUCCCGGAGGGCAGGACCCGGGGUCCGGGCCAGCCCCCGCGGCAGGCGCGCUGAGCGGGGGAGCUCAGACGCCGCUGCAGCCUCAGCAGCCACUGCCACCGCCGCAGCCGGGGGCGGCUGGGGGCUCUGGGCAGCCAAGGAAAUGCUCGUCGCGGAGGAACGCCUGGGGGAACCUGUCCUACGCCGACCUGAUCACCCGCGCCAUCGAGAGCUCCCCGGACAAACGGCUCACUUUGUCCCAGAUCUACGAGUGGAUGGUGCGCUGCGUGCCCUACUUCAAGGAUAAGGGCGACAGCAACAGCUCUGCCGGCUGGAAGGGGAAGCACAUGCAGCUGGUGUCUGGAUUAGUGGACAGUCUCCACAAGAAUUCUAUACGGCACAACCUGUCUCUGCACAGUCGAUUCAUGCGGGUCCAGAAUGAGGGAACCGGCAAGAGCUCUUGGUGGAUAAUCAACCCCGAUGGGGGGAAGAGUGGGAAGGCCCCCCGGCGGCGGGCUGUCUCCAUGGACAACAGUAACAAGUACACCAAGAGCCGUGGCCGCGCGGCCAAAAAGAAGGCAGCCAUGCAGACAGCGCCGGAGUCAGCCGACGACAGCCCCUCCCAGCUCUCCAAGUGGCCUGGCAGCCCCACGUCACGCAGCAGUGAUGAGCUGGAUGCAUGGACAGACUUCCGCUCACGCACCAAUUCCAACGCCAGCACAGUGAGCGGCCGCCUGUCGCCCAUCCUAGCAAGCACAGAGUUGGAUGAUGUCCAGGAUGAUGAUGCGCCGUUGUCACCCAUGCUCUACAGCAGCUCAGCAAGCCUGUCCCCCUCCGUCAGCAAGCCAUGCACUGUGGAGCUGCCACGGCUGACCGACAUGGCAGGCACCAUGAAUCUGAACGACGGGCUAGCUGACAACCUCAUGGACGACCUGUUGGAUAACAUCCCGCUCCCGUCGUCCCAGCCAUCACCUACUGGGGGGCUCAUGCAGCGGAGCUCUAGCUUCCCAUACACCACCAAGGGCUCGGGCCUGGGCUCUCCAACCAGCUCCUUUAAUAGCACGGUGUUUGGACCUUCGUCCCUGAACUCCCUGCGCCAGUCUCCCAUGCAGACCAUCCAAGAGAACAAGCCAGCUACCUUCUCUUCCAUGUCACACUAUGGCACCCAGACACUCCAGGACCUGCUCACUUCGGACUCACUCAGCCACAGCGAUGUCAUGAUGACCCAGUCAGACCCCUUGAUGUCUCAGGCCAGCACCGCUGUGUCUGCCCAGAAUUCUCGCCGGAACGUGAUGCUUCGCAGUGACCCAAUGAUGUCCUUUGCCGCGCAGCCUAACCAGGGGAGUUUGGUCAAUCAGAAUUUGCUCCACCACCAGCACCAAACCCAGGGCGCUCUCGGUGGUAGCCGUGCCUUGUCGAAUUCCGUCAGCAACAUGGGCUUGAGUGACUCCAGCAGCCUUGGGUCAGCCAAACACCAGCAGCAAUCUCCUGUCAACCAGUCUAUGCAAACCCUCUCGGACUCUCUCUCAGGCUCCUCCUUGUACUCCACUAGUGCAAACCUUCCUGUCAUGGGCCAUGAGAAGUUCCCCAGCGACUUGGACCUGGACAUGUUCAACGGGAGCUUGGAAUGUGACAUGGAGUCCAUUAUCCGUAGUGAACUCAUGGAUGCUGAUGGGUUGGAUUUUAACUUUGAUUCCCUCAUCUCCACACAGAACGUUGUUGGUUUGAACGUGGGGAGCUUCACUGGUGCUAAGCAGGCUUCAUCUCAGAGCUGGGUGCCAGGCUGAAAGAUCACUGAGGAAGGGGAAGUGGGCAAAGCAGACCCUCAAACUGACACAAGACCUACAGAGAAAACCCUUUGCCAAAUCUGCUCUCAGCAAGUGGACAGUGAUACCGUUUACAGCUUAACACCUUUGUGAAUCCCGCGCCAUUUUCCUAACCCAGCAGAGACUGUUAAUGGCCCCUUGCCCUGGGUGAAGCACUUGCCCUUGGAACAGAACUCUAUAAAGUAUGCAAAAUCUUCCUUGUACGGGGUGGCAGCACCUGCCAACGGAGGACAGCACCCCGCCAGCACCGCCCCCUCGCUCAGAGCACACCGGGAGCCCCCGUCGUCAGCGAUUCCGUGGUGUUUUAAUAUUGCAAUGGUCUAUGGGAUGUUUUAAGUGUUGUUCUUGUGUUUGUUUUCCUUUGACUUUCUGAGUUUUUCAUAUGCAUUAACUUGCAGUAUUUUUCUGUUAAAAUGUUAACCGUCCUUCCCCUGGCAAAUUUAAAAACAAACAUACCAGUUACCAUUCCGGCUUCGGGCGUCACAAGCUUUUGAGCCCAUGGAACUCCAUAAACUAACACAUUACAUAAACUAGAGGGGAUUUUUCUUUCUUCUUUUGUUUAGUAGAAAAUUAUCCUUUUCUAAAAACUGAACAAUGGCACAGUUGUUUGCUGUGUGCACCCGUCCAGGACUGAGCCAUGCAUAGGCAAACCGAGUGGAGCGCAGCAUCCGGCCCUCCAUGUCUCCAGUGCUGAGUCCGGGGGUCUGUGGAUGGGACCCCAGCACCUGGUCUGCGGUGGCCAGAUCAGUAGGGCCUGCGAUCGCCUGUCAGUGUCCUCAGCUAAUGUGAACAGCUUUGGUCAGUUGGUUAGGAACCCAGGAUCUUUUCAGGAAAGAAAUCACAGCUAUCCACUCAUUGCCAAAUGCCACUGAAGGGUUUGGUUUUAAGGAGAAAAGAAAAGGAAAAAAAAAAGUAGUCCUGUUUUGCUUUUUCAGGAGGGAGCUUACAGGUGAGCAUUAAGCUUGCAGUGAGAAAUGUGUGAAGAAUACAGACCCCAGUCAAUGCUAAGGCAGUUCUAACUCCACUGUUUUCCUAAAUGUACAUCCUUGAUUAUUUUCAGCCUUGCUGUGUAUAAUCUGAUCUGCUAGAAGUGUAUGAGUGAGAGACAAUAACAUGCAAACUGAUUUUUUAAAAAUAUAUAAGCUUAGGUUGUAAUUGUACAAGUGACACAAUGAAAGUACAAGAUAAGGCAGUUUACCUUUCUUCUGUUUUUACUUCUGCUUCUAUGGAUUUCAUUUUGUUUCGUUUUCAAAAAGUUAUGGUGCUGUAUAGGUGCUUUCUGUUAAACCUGGAAAGUGUGAUUUAUAUUGUACCCUCCUUGGUAGACAGAACAGUUGGGAACACCAUUGGUACAUACGAAACUGGUGUCACAAUGCUCUGAUUAGCACAGCAUAUACAUACUUCUCCAAAGUGAUAUAUGAAGACUCUUUUCUUUGCAUAAAAAGCAUUAGGCAUAUAAAUGUAUAAAUAUAUUUUUAUCAUGUACAGUACAAAAAUGGAACCUUAUGCAUGGGCGUUAGGAUUACAGGCUAGUAUUUCAGCACAGACUUCCCUGCUUGAGUUCUCGCUGAUGCUUGCACCGUGACAGUGGGCACCAACACAGACGUGCCACCCAACCCCCCCACCCGCCCGGCACCCACCACUGGCCACCAGGGGCACCCUUGUGCACCUUUGCUUUAUAACUCCUGGGGGUGAUAUUGGUGGUGAUCACAGCUCCUAGCAUAAAUGAGAGUUCCAUUUGGUAUUGUCACACGUCUCUCCUGCCUUGCUUGGGUUGUCAUGUUUGAGCGAUUGCCCUGUUGGUUUCACCCUGCCUUUUACUGAAUCUGUAAAUUGUCGUGCAAUUGUGGUUAUAGUAGACCUGUAGCACAUCGCCUUUUCUAAACUGCUACAUGUUUAUAAUCAUUUUAAAGGUAUGUAUAAUUUUUAAAAAUAUGUAUUCUAUUCAUGUGGUCUGCUUGUCAGUGAGCCAGACUUGCUUACUAUAUUCCUUUAUAAUGAUGCUGGCCACUUCCUUGAUCCUUUAGUAGUCUGCUGUUCACAAGAACUGUCCAGUGUCAGUGAAAGAGGGCUGCCUCUCUGGCUUCCUGGGUGACGCUGCUCCGGGCGGGCAUGCACCGCAGAGUCAGUGGCACAGCUGGCUGCGAGGGCAGCAGGGGAAUAGCGGGGGGAUGCCACAUACAAAGGGGAAUCCGGAGUGCUUCCAACUCGAGAGCCCUGAGAAUUUCUCUCCUGGGUUCAAAGAAACAAGCAAACUAACAAAAUAGCUAUUUGCCUUUGUAGUUUUAUAGACUCUGAGAGCUACUUUGGGAGUGAGGAAGGCAACCCUCCAAUGUGUUUCAGCUUUAAAAUGUUGAAUUCCUUUCAGACAUGUGGCAUCUCGUUUAUUCUCUUUUUUUUCCAGUGUUUGUUGGAUUUCAGGCAGAAUGUCUUACAAAAUGUCCUAGAACCAAAUUAUUUAAUCUGAAAUAGCUGAGGAAGGGACAGAGGCAGUAUGAGGGCAGGGCAGCCACAGGACAGGUCAGGAAAAUGGAGGGGGAAUGCUUUGAUAUUCUGGUUGACAUUGUUUUCUUUUUUAAAUAACUCAAACAACUCUACAUUUAGAGUGUUGUAGAGAACUGAGACCAGGACAAAGUCAAAUGCAGCAUUGGCGCCAUGAGACCUGCCAACCCCAGGAGAGGGUUCAGGCAAGACUCUAAUGGCUGGGCCUACCCAGGGUCAUGACAUCCCACCCUCAGCUGGCCACCCGUGGAGAGGCUAGGCUCCCUUGGACUAGCCAGGGUAUAAGGUGGUCAGACUGGGCAGAGGUGCUACCUGAGCCCCCUGUCCCUUAUACUGAUACUUGCUUUCAGGAUGGGUCACCUGUUGGCCACCACAUCACAUUCCGAGUGUCACAGGUCCCUAACAAUAUGUUUUCUGAUCCGGACCAUCUUGGCAGAACACUUAGUAGCCUCAGGGGGCCUGGCAGGUGUAAUGUUUCAACCCUGGCAAGAACUGUCCCAGGCUACCCUCAGCCUCUAAGUAAGCUGCUCUAGGGGGCUGCCUACUUUCUGAUGGGAAAUUAGAAGAGUAGCUAAUAUUGAAAACAGGACAUGCACUCUGGGGUUCUGUUGUUCUCUUCAGGGCUCCAGAACCUGAUACCUUUUACCAAAGCUAGAAAAGAGCUUUAGCACAAGCCUUCACUGUCCUGGUGUGAGAACUGACCGCCAGGUUCAGCAUACUCCAUUACUGUGAAUGAAGCUGAGGUUGGUUUUCUUUAUUGCAUCCUCUGCAAUAUAAUGAUUGCUGAAACAACUUUUUUUUUUUUUUAAUUUUCAGAAGUUUGUCUCUCCUGUUAAUGGGAGAGUCACGCGCACAUGUGUAGCGCAAGGCGGACUUUGUGUUUGUUUUUGGUGUUGAUUUUUAGCAUCAUGUGUGUUGCUUCCGCACCCUGAGGAGAGGGCAUCAUGGCUCACUACUCAGGACAGGUAUGUCCCUCCCAGGGUGCGAUUUCAGGUGGCUUCCAAACUUGCACACAAGGAUGGUGGGGACAGACUUUGCCUCUACCUAAUGAACCCCACUCAAAGAAUAAAGAGCCUUUGAAUCUCUUGGAAAAGACCAUCAAGGAUAAAGCAGUUAAAAAGCAAGUCCUCCGUUCCACAUGUUGGUGCCAAGGGCUGACAAGGGGAAAUAAAAAUGUUACCCUUUCUCUCUAAACGCAAAAAGAAAACCCUAACAGCUCUGAACCAAUUUUCUUUUCUUGCUGGAUUUGGGAAACAUUGUAUAAUUAGGCAUAAUGAGUUUUUUAAAAAAAUUAAAAAUUUUUUGUAGAAAUGCAAUCACUAGUGAAGAGGUACGAAAAAGCCAGCCUCUCCUGGAAACUGGGGGAGGCAGGGUGCCACUUGGGGAAAGUGAAGUUCUUGGGGAAUCAGGCCUGUCAAACAAGAUCAUAAAGCAGAUGCCUAAGUAACUGAAAAGAGUAUAGUAUGUUUGAUCUAAAUCCUAAGUAGGUAACAUUUUAUGCAGUUUGAAUGGAAUGUUUUCCUUUUGUUUAGUUUUAUUUGUAUGUAUUUUUCUUUGAUGAAUGAUUGGUGAUGAGGCCUCUGCCACACUCCAGAAAUCCUUGUGUGGCUGUUUUUAAAAACUGUGUCUGGUCACUUAUUUCUCUCAAAUUAUCUCAUUGCCUGGCAAUCAGUCUUCUCUUAUAUACUUGUCCUAGCACAUUAUGUACAUGGGAAAUAUAAACAGAUGUGAAGGAGGACCAGAAAAAUUAGUUAAUAUUUUUUAAAAUGUAUUGUACAUUUUGGCUUUACAUGUUUAACUUUUUUUAAAGAAAAAAAGUUGCAUGAAUUGAAAAAAAAUCUGUAUACAGUAUCUGUAAAACUGUCUUAUCUGUUUCAAUUCCUUGCUCAUACCCCAUAUAAACCAGAAUUAAAUAUGGUGCAUGGCCAUAUUUAAACACCUGAGAGUCAAGCAGUUCAUACUUUGGUUUGAAGCACCUCGUCCUUUCUUUCCAAGCGAACACUAUCAUAUUGCAUUCUCACCUGAGGAUUUUGUCUAACCAUAUGUUGCCACGAAUUAACUCUGCCGCCUUUCUUCUCAAGGAUCAAAACCAGUUUGAUUUGGGAAUCUUCCCCUUUCUAAAUGAAAUAGAAAUGCAGUACUUACUUUCCUUGGUGUUUGUAGAUAUUGCCUUGUGUAUUCCAUUUAAAACCGUAAUCUACUUUGUAAAAGAGAUGGUAAUAACGCAUGUAAAUAAAGCAUCAAUGACACUCUGUCUUA